AUGACGAAUCGUGACCCCGACUUUCGACACCAGCUGGGCAAAUUUCGUCUCGAUCCACUGCCAAUUCCCUCCCAUACGUCCCGUGCUCCUCCGGCGAAUAGCACUACUCCUGCUGCGCCUUCAUACGCUGUCUCGCCUUCCUUACAGACGUCUCUUCCGCCUCCAUUAGCCCAGCAGCAACCGCAACCGCAACCGCAACAUGCACUCCCCCAACCACACAUACCUCGAUCCCAAGCUUCGGUCUCCCCUGUUCCUCCACCUCGCAGCAAACGAGUCUCGACUGCCUGCGACUUCUGUCGGAAGAGAAAGAAGAAAUGUGAUUUCAGAUAUCCCAAUUGUUCUGCCUGCACGCGCGCCGGCGUUCGUUGUACCAUCCCGCCACCGGGUCCUCAGGUCGCCGCAGCCUCCGUGCCCCGCGAUCAACUGGAGACUUUACAGAACAGGGUCCGAUGGCUGGAGGAGGUCAUACGCCGUAAGACGGGUAUCUCGGUCGCGGAACGGCCAACAGGGGCCCAAUUGGAUGGGGAGGCCGAUCCGGACUGGUGGUAUCAGGUCCCCGCCAUGAUGAUGGCGCGCGAGGCUCCCACGCGCUCCACCACCGCAACAACCACCCCUACAGCAGCGGCCGUAUCCAGCAGCGGCUCACCACCGAACUCCUCCACCGUGGGUACAGAGUUACCCAACGUGGGCGAAAUUUUCCGGGAUCAAUUGGAACACCGCCGCCCUUCAGUCGCCCGACCCGCCGCGUCUGCCCCCCGGGUGGUUCGGCUUCCCUCAUUGGAUGAAGCGGAGCGAGUUGCGUCCCAGUACUUUGAUAGCAUGGGCUAUCAGUACCCUUUCCUCAACCGCACAGAGUUCUUCACGAAUAUGCGCCGCAUCUAUGCAGGCGAAGUUCCUGCUCCCGAAGUCCAUAACUCGUAUCACAUCACCCUUGCGACCGCCUUGUUGAUCGGAUCGGGUGAUGGAUCCAAAGCUGUAGAAUUCUAUCAGGCUGGCACUGAGACCCUCUCGUCGGCACUACAGAACGAAGACCUGGCGGCCGUGAGAGCUUUGCUGAGCAUGGCACUGUAUACUAUGUUCGCUACGAGUGGCCCGAGCGUAUGGCAUUUGCUGGGGACGGCUCUUCGCUUGGCUAUCAGCUUAGGCUUACACAAAGCUCGGCCCGUGGGAAAUUUGGUCGACGAGGAAAUGGCGAAACGAGCAUUCUGGAGUCUGUAUAACCUGGACCGGCUAAUUGCAAGCACCCUUGGGCGGCCGUUAGGUAUCGCAGACGAGGACAUCUCAGUGGGUUUGCCGCGAGAGUUCAACGAUGACUGGUCUGAAGCCCCCGGGGCCAGCGCCAUGACCAUUCCCUUGCAGGUCGUGCGUCUCCGGCGUAUUUUCUCCCGUCUUUAUUCUUACUUGUACAAUAAUCAGCCCCCACCACCCCCCUCUGAGGUCUUAGUCACGCUUGGGCACUUUCGUCAAGAGCUGGACGAGUGGCGUCGGGCUGCCCCAGUAUAUCCACCGGCAUUGCUCUACUCGACCAGCUAUUAUGACUACCUUUACGCGACUACUUUACUUCUCAUGUACCGCCCAAGUCCACGAAACCCAACGCCAGAUGCGGCUAGCAUUGUAAGCUGCGGGGAUGCUAGUAUUCAGGUCCUCCGGUCGUACUGGGACAGCUACUCGGCAGGAAAGCUUAAGUGGAUCUGGUUGACUCUCAGUCAGAUAUACUUUGCUGGGAUCACUAUCUUGUGGUGUUUGAAUCACAACCUGCAAACCGUCCGUGAGGGUCUAGUGGCGCCGUGGCAGCCCGAAGAGCGAGCGAUGCGGCGUGCUAUUCAGGCCGUUAUUGUUGUGCUAGAGGAGUUCGGCAAGCGUCGACCAGGAGUCGAGCGAUUGGCGGAAUCCUUUCGCAAUCAGAGUACCACGAUCUUUAGCCAUUUCGCAUACCAGCAGGAGCAGCAGCAGCAACAACAACAACAACAGGUGCAACAGCAGCAACAACAACACCAACAACAACAACAACAACAACAACAACAACAACAACAACAACAACAACAACAACAACAACAACAACAACAACAACAUCUCAUUCAACCCCCACCUCCGCCUUUACCUUUGUUGGCCCCGGAGCAGUCUCUGCCUCCUCAGCCGCAGCAUGUUUUGAUGGCGCCGCCGGUACCGAUGGCACCGGUACUUGACGACGUUCUGCUGGUCGAUGCAUCCGGAAUGGUGCCAGUAAUCGAUCCCCAACUGGCAGAGCAACUGUUCUAUUCUUAUGACUGUUCAACUGAGCUGGUGAUCCUCAGCGACACGGUGAUCAUUGUCAACCCGACCGGCAUCAUCCAAGGUAUCCACCCGUCCACGCCAGCAGCCACCAUUUCACAACUGCUGGUGCAGCAUCACGACCUGAAUCCACCUACGUACCGCUUGACCAUCCUUGGUCCAACUGAAUUUCUCAUUCCCGGCUUUAUCGACACUCACACCCACGCUCCACAGUGGGCCCAACGCGGCACUGGCCGAGGCAUACCUCUCUUACAAUGGCUGGAGGAGAUCACGUUCCCCCACGAAGCUAGAUUGGCCGAUCCGCACUAUGCACGAUGGCUCUACUCAGUGUGCGUCCGAGGAGGCCUCCAGCAGGGCGUCACGACUGCCUGUUACUAUGGGUCGCGUCACGCUGAGGCGUCCGUGAUUCUGGCUGAAACCUGUCUCGCUCAGGGCCAACGUGCUUUGAUAGGCAAAUGCAACAUGAAUCGCCACGCACCAGACUGGUACCGCGAUAGCUCCACUGCUGAAUCGAUCACAGACACGGAAACGUUCAUCCGAAGAGUCCGGGAUCUGGACCCUGGCCACGAACUAGUCACUCCGGUGAUCACGCCCCGAUUCGCCAUCAGCUGCGAAGAGGAGCUUCUCCACGAGCUGGGACAGCUCGCAACCCGCCACCCGGACCUACCAAUUCAAACCCAUUUCAACGAGUCACGCGGCGAGGUGGAGUUCACACGGACCCUCUUCCCCAAUGACACGAGUGAGACGGAGCUCUACGAACGGCUGGGGCUUCUCAACGACCGCAGCAUCCUCGCCCACGCAAUCUACCCAUCUGAUGCGGAGAUUGACCGAAUGGCGCAGCUGAACUGCGGCAUUGCCCACUGCCCGAUCCCGAAUGUGACGAUGGAUGUGUUCAUGGUGGCACCGGUGCGAGAGUAUCUGCGGCGGGACAUCAAGAUCGGACUUGGGACCGACUGCGGCGGGGGAUAUUCAAGCUCUAUGCUAGAGGUGAUGAAGGCCGCGUUUGUAGUCUCGACCGCCAGAAGUACCAUGACGCAGGGACGCGAUGAACCGUUGACUCUCACGGAGGGGUUCUACAUGGCCACCUUAGGGGGCGCGCGAGUCUGUGGGCUCGAAGGUAAGGUGGGGAACUUCCUCGUUGGCAAGGAAUUCGAUGCGUUGCUGGUGAGGACGAAGACGGGUGUGAUGGCGCCGGUGGAGGAGUCCGAUGAUGUAAGGACGGUGUUUGAGAAGUUUCUCAUGACAGGAGAUGACCGCAAUAUUAUGCAGGUUUUUGUCAAAGGAAGGAGAGUUCAUGUACUCUAA